AGGCGUGACGUCAUGAUCUUACCACAAGAUAAGCCUCGGGUUUUAUCUCGGGGCUGAAUGAUGUAUAAAAUAGUGUUUUAGCGGAGAGAGAUUCUCGUCGGAACGCGCGACAUUGGAAAAACUUUGGACAACCGUGCGCAAGUAGCGGAAACUCACAACGCACUUCAGACUUCUCUAGUCCUAGUGCGACAAUUCUCUGAGCUUCAACUCAGAGCGCACUAUAAGUUUGGACAUAAGAGUUCCCUGGGGAGACGAGUCCUGUUCGCUGCGGUAGAAUCGACAACGACGAAAGGGACAACCUGAGCACCUGCGCGAGAUGGGUCUGAGACGACGCGGACCUGAGAAACGCAUGAACCACUGAUACAGUGGGGUUACAACCCAAAUUACAAUGGGAAUGGCGAGUGAAGACUUAUUGGUCACCCUUCAGAUUUUGCCGGGUUUCUUUUCGAAUUGUCUGUUUCUUGCGUUGUACGACUCAGUGGUUUUGGUGAAACGUGUAGUAUCCUUACUUAGUUGCUCCGGCUCCACCGGCGGCGGCGAGUGGCAGCGAAUGCUGACAUCAGCGGGGUUACGCUCGAUUUGGAAUGGUUUCUUACUGGACGCCUAUAAGCAGGUAAAGCUUGGUGGAGAGGCACCCAACUCUAAAGUGGUCAGAGUGCCCAAUGGUGGCCCCGGACUUCGACGCAGUAACAGUGCCCGGAGCGUGAGUAGCAGCAGCGGGGAAUGCCACCUCCUGGACUUCGAGUCUUCAGACCGCCCCCUUGUGGUGAACUUUGGCUCAGCCACCUGACCCCCCUUUAUCAGCCAUCUGCCGGCAUUCCGGCGGCUGGUGGAGGAGUUUGCCGAUGUGGCAGACUUCCUCCUGGUAUACAUCGAUGAGGCUCACCCGUCGGAUGGCUGGCAGGCGCCAGCCUUCGGGCCCCACUCGUUUGAGGUCCGGAAGCACCGCAGUCUGGAGGAGAGGGUAGUGGCGGCACGCCAACUCAUCGAGCACUUUUCUCUGCCGCCUCAGUGCCAACUGGUGGCUGACUGCAUGGACAACAAUGCCAAUGUAGCCUACGGGGUAUCCAACGAGAGAGUGUGUAUCGUGCAGCGCGAAAAGAUAGCCUACCUGGGAGGGAAGGGACCUUUUUUCUACAACCUGAAGGACGUCCGUCAUUGGCUGGAACAGAGCUACGGCAAGCGGUAGAGAUCACCAAGACCAGAGGAUGGAAAGACAGAUGCUUUUUUUUUGUUUUGUUAAUACUAUGUGAUAGUAGAAAGAGAGUUUAUUUUUGUAUCUAAGUGAGUAUAAAAAAAGGUGCAUUUCAAAAAUGCUCUGUUGUUAUCUAAACUACAGGCGGACCCAUGGAGAAGUCAGGAGUCACUUGAUUUCUUUAGAAUUCUGGAAAGAAAUCACUUGGAUGCUUACCAACAUUCCAUAACAGCUUCCAUUCAAACUUUGAGACGUAAAGCUUCAGGAAGCACUGAUGCUCUGCAAUACAGCUCAGGUGCAACAAAAAGUUACAUCAUGUCACUUCAGCGUCAAAAUAUCUGUCAAGGGAGUUCAUCUUAACAAUUGCUUGGUGUGUUAAGUAUUUCCUUGUAAUAGAGCAAACAUAUUUGAUGAGGUUCCUUAUAGGGCAGAUAUCUAAUUUGGUACUCUAUAGUGUCAAACAAAAACUAAGCCUUUACCGCAGCAAUGCAAGUUUGAAGUGUAACUUUGGAAGCACCUGAAGCAUACAUGAACGAGAUGACUGGAGUAUACGUUAAGAGCUCACUACCCACAUGCUUUAUCUGUCACUGCACCGCUAUAUGUUAUUCAUAUUCCCUUUUACAUCCAUACAAUACUCUUUAACUCUCAAUAAUUCAUAGCAUACAACAGAAAAAUUAAACCAAAUUAUUCAGUUAGGAGGAAAGCACAAGUAUGCAGCUUAUAUGUAUAUAUUUAUGUAUAUAUACACACACAUCAAUAUACACUAUAUUGCCAAAAGUAUUCACUCAGCUAUCCAAAUCAUUGAAUUCAGGUGCACAAAGCAAGGGCCAUAAAGACAUGGAUGAGCUAGUUUGGUGUGGAAGAACUUGACUGGCGAACAACUUUGGGAUGAAUUAGAGCGGAGAGUGCGAGCCAGGCCUUCUCCAACAUCUGUCUGACCUCACAAAUGCACUUCUGGAAGAAUGGUCAAAAAUUCCCAUUAACACACUCCUAAACCUUGUGGAAAGCCUUCCGAGAAGAGUUGAAGCUGUUAUAGCUGCAUAGGGUGGGCUGACAUAUUAAAUCCUAUGGUUUAAGAAUGGGAUGUCACUCACGUCCAUAUGCGUGUGAAGGCAGACGAACAAAUACUUUUGGCAAUAUAGUGUAUAUACAUAAAUAUAUAAAUGAAAUUAAUUUAUUUAUGUUGAGUUAUUAAUGUUGCUGUUGUUUUGUUUUUACAUGGCGGGAAUAUACGGCCGCCUAUGUGCACUAUGUUUGUAUUAUUCGUUUUAUUUAAGAGAUGACAAUCUGUCAAUGCACCUUCUUUCUUUGCGUGGGUGUUUAUGAUACAGUUUGUCACCAUCUUGACUGCUUAUCAUUUAGAUUCCCUGCAUGACAAAAAUCUAGCGUAGAUACUGCCUAAAAAAUAUCCUUGUUGUUCAGUCCAUGACGAGGCUUCACUUCCUAUAAAAACCCUGUGGCCUACUUCACAGCAUUGUUGUACUAUACACUCAAUGCUAUAAUCUUGCCAACAGUGUCAUUGUUGAAAUUAAAUAUUGUUCAACUACAUAAAUCAAUUAAUGAACAAAAAAGGAGAUAUGGUAUUGAAGGAGCAGAGUUCAGGAAGUCUAGUGACUCUUUUUACCCCAGCAUUUUUUGCAUUAAGUUAUGGAUGCACAUUAGGGAUUGUUUGCAACAGCUACACAAGAAGGGAAAUGUGGAAGGAAGAGACUUUUCAUAUUCGACUGAGCACUAUAGCGCAACAAUACAUCAAAUAAGUUGUCAGUAAAGAAAAUUGUUGAAUAUCAAUGAAAGCUAAGUUGCAGUUGAACUGAAGUUGAACAUUCAAUUUAAGAAUUAAGCUGACGGAGAUGCAGAAGUUUACGGAUGACCUCCAUCUCAAUGGUAAACCAUUAAAGAUGACAACGAGGAUUCCCUUUACAAAUGGUAUCAGGAAGUGAAAAAGGGGAGGCACAGGAAAGUCCAGAUGGGUCAAGAAGGUGUCUGAGAGGAGAUUCUCUUAGAGGAUUUCAGUUUUGUGGUUUGUUUAUUUGUAACAAAAACGCUUUUCCAUGGUCCAAUGUACAAACAGACGGUCAGUUUCAGUCGACGCAGCAUAGGUGUGAAAAUGAAAACCUUGGACGAAAGGGUUGGCUGACCCUGUCUUUGGUUGGAUGGAUGGCCACAUCUCGCUGCCUGAGACUCUAACAGACACGUCUGUUGACAUCAUGAAGUCCUGGAUCUGCCUCAUACAGUAACUUGACUUCCAUGGCUGUUAUUGUGUACCACAACCCUCUUUUUUUAAUCCUUAUGCUUUUGCAAUGAUGUUUGUGAUGAAAUGCUGCUUUCUGAAGAAAAUAUUGCAAGGAAAAACAAUGAAAAAGGAAAAUAAAGUUGGAACGUUUGCUGCUGACACUUUGA